AUGAAGACAUCAAACUACAGUACCACACAAGUUGCAGUCGGUGCGAUGAAGCGGCUGCGUAGCGUCUGUCUGUCGCCCACCAUUCUCUCCUCCCUUGCAGAGCUGCAGGACGGCCUUAACGCGAUGGUCGACGCGAACUGGCGGCAGGUGCGUCGCCCAGACGACUGGGCGCUCGCCAUCACGAUGGAGAGUGCGGAGCUGUUGGACUCGUACCCGUGGAAGUGGUGGAAGAAUGUCAAGGCUCAGCCGGACCUGCAGAAUGUGAAGAUUGAGCUCACCGACAUUUUGCACUUCUCCCUCUCGGGGGAGAUGCAGAUGCGCUCCAGCGAGGCGCGGCUGCGCAACGAGGUGGACAACAGGUCGCCGAAGGAGUUGUGUCGCCUCUGCUGCCCACCAACAGCAGCAGACGCAGAAACCGCAACAGAGGGUGCACUGCAGGGUGUUAUGUUCUUCCCGCUCACCAACACUGACAAUGCGGUGGCAAGCUUCCGUAACAUCAUCCAGCUGUCGAAUGCUCACCGCUUCGACCUCAUCACGGAGGCCAUCAUAAAGGCGGCGGAAGACCUCGGCUUCAACCUCGUCGCGUACUACGUGGCGAAGCACACGCUGAACAGCAUUCGCCAGAUGAAGGGCUACAAGGAUGGCACGUAUGUAAAGGUCCGUGGCGGUGUCGAGGACAACGAGUUGCUGCAUGAGUGCAUUGCGCCGUACUCGGUGGAGGAUGUGCUGAGCGAGGGCUGCUACCAGGAAACGUGGGAGGCAAUCAUGCACCGCGUGUUUGAUGCCUUUGGCACGCCCAAGGAGAAACAACUGAACAUCAGCCAUUGGCUCAAGUCAACCGAAGAGGUGAAGAAUGGUGGCACCACGGCGCCAAGCGCGUAA